GUCUAAUUUAAAUCAACAUGUGAAGGGAAAACCGGAUAUUCUUGCUUUCGCUGUCUGCUAGAUCAGGUGCAUAUUCUGCGAAUAUUUACUUAUUCGCAGUGACCCGGUCUGCUUGAAAAACAACAACAAACAAACAGAGGCGACUCAGAUUUGAAUAAUGUUUUGGGAUGAAGGCAUGGUUUGUCGUCUUUGCUUGAUCUCGAAUUUAAAUGCAAGUAGUUUUUACGAAUUAUUUGGAAGCGAUGUCACAGAAACGUCAUCUGUUGCUUCAAAACUUUUUUCUGCAUUGAAGUGGAAGGUUCAUAGAGAAGAUGGUCUUUCCAAAUACGUUUGCAUGGAAUGUGUUCAGCAGUUAGACUUUAUUAUUUUCUGCAAUACAUGGUCGUCAAAGGUUGCUGUGGAUUUUGAGGAGGUUCAAUCACUUUCGUUAUUGCAUUGCAAACAAACCAAUAAAAUGGCCCGCAGUCAUCUUUUUUCUAUAUUUGAGAGAAGAAAUUCCAAAAAGAUUGAUCCAGCACUUAUCAAAAAUAAGUUUAAUGCCAUCAGCUUACUAGUUUCCCAAAUAGAAAGCAUCUUAUCCAAAAGUGAUGAUGAAAAUUUGUGCUUCACUGAAAAUGAGAACAAUGUCACUGAUUGUAUGUCACUUGAUAUAGAGCAAUAUUGUAGUUCUCCAGCAGUCGAUAAUGAAACAUACCCGCCCAUCAUGAAUGAGUGUCCAGCUGAAGCUGAGGUUCCUACUGACUUAGAAUUGUCAAGCAAUCCUGAAGACUCUUCAAACCUUCCCAUGGAUGAUGGCUUCCCUGCAUAUGUUUUUGACAAAAAGGAGCAGCUCUUGUGUCCAGAGUGCCAAGUCUCAUUCCCUAAAAGAACUCUUCUUUGGAAACACUUGAUGAGCCAUGAAGGUGCCAUCGACAAGUACCAAUGCUCUAUUUGUAGGAAAAAAUUUAUAUCCACUUGUGAAUUGAGUAGACACAUUAGAGCACACAAGGGUUUAAAGCCUUACAAGUGCUCUAAGUGUAGUCAAUAUUUUAGCCAAAAAAAUCUCCUUGACAAUCAUUUGAACUGGCAUGAAGGCCGCAAGGGUCACUUAUGUGACAUCUGUGGUGAGUGCCUAUCAAGUGGACCAAAUUUAAAGGCACAUAUUUCAAAUCGACACUCCAUGGAGAAACAAAGGCCUUUCAAAUGUAAUGAAUGUGGAAAGUGCUUUGCACGUAGUCAUCAUUUAGAAAAUCACAUCACAAUUCAUACGGAAUGCCGCUCUCAUCUAUGCACUACUUGUGGUGUAGCCUUUAAAAGAUAUUCUCAGUUACAAGAGCAUGAAAAUGUGCACAGUGCUGAAAAGCAGUUUAAGUGUGAUGAGUGUAAUAAAUGUUUUUGGACUAAAAGAGUGUUGAAAGUUCACAAAUUGGUGCAUUCUGAUCUCAAACCACACCAGUGUUCUCAAUGUAGCAAAUCAUUUGUUCGCUUAAGUGGUCUCCAAGCACACCUGAAGACUCACAAAAAUUAAUUAUACACUGCUGUCUCAGGCAUAAAAUUUGAUCUCCAGAGCUUGAAUUUUCCGUGCUUGAAAAUGUUUAAGGUGGUUUAUCAUAUAGAAGUUGUAGUAAGUAAAAAAAACUACUAACAUGUUUUCAUAAAAAAUUAUAAAUAGAGUGAACUUUAUUCUGCUAAAUGAAUGCUGUGAUAUAAUGCUACCAAAUUUAAUGAUUUCUUGUGAGGAGUGACAGGAAAGAUGUAGCUGACCGAUGGUUCUUGAUCAGCUAUGCUUGGUAUGCAGGAUUUUCUAUGCCAAUUCUUGAAAUUUCCAAUUUGUCUGAUGCUGGUACCAUUUCUGUUGUACUUUUGGUAUCUGUUGUAACAAAAUACACGAGAUUUGGUAAUCCUUUCUGUUUCUAUUCGUAUGCAUUACAUGAAAAAUUAUAUGGAGAAAUUGAUCUUCAGUGAACUUGCCUGAUUGUUCUGGGUCAUUCCAUGGUUGCACUUCGCCUUGGCAGAGAACCAAGUAGACAAUGUACGUGACCACUCCGAUCCCGGCACUUAUGUAGAACACGAUGUUCCAUGCAGUGAUUGUUUGCUGUAAUCAAUAAAUCAAAAAAUUAAAA